AGCCCAGCCUCGCUGCCCCAGCCCGCCGCGUCCCGGCGCUCAGCCUCCGCGCUAGAGGCGAGCGCAGCGCUCCGGGCGCCGCAAUCCCGGGACACGGCCUCGCCGACACCUUCCGCCCGCGGGAAUCGGCAGUAUCAGCGGCGCGAGCGGACGCAGCUGCCUCAGCUCCUUUCUCGGGUCUUUCCCAUCCCCUCUCUGAGAGCCGGUCCCGGCCGAGGGGCCACCCCUCUCGUCCUCCUCUGAGGCUCGUGGGCCAGACGGACGGACUCAGCAAGCAAGGGCCCAACUGCGGGCAGCAGCAAGCACAUUGUGAAUAGUCCUCUUGAGUCUCUUCAAGUGAUUACCACUUAGACUUUUCCUGGGACACAUCCUGAAGGGACCAGCAUACAUCAGUUUGCUCAGAUAAAAUCCCAGAUAAUGGAGUUCUUGCAGAGUGAACUACACUUGUCUCACUAAGACUGGAAGGAUUUAUGCUAUAUGUGGUUCAGCAGUUUUCUGGAUGCUGCAACUGCAUUAUUUGAUGAUCACAUACCAAGAGUGACAUCAGGUUUAAAAACAAAAAAUCCUGCACUUUGGAUCUUUUCCCGCUUUGGAAGCCAGAAAAAUGGAAAAUUGAUAAACAAAGGCUCCAUCUGCUGUGGGAUCCACUGAAUGUCACUAGAAAGUCUGCACCGCCUGCUCCAAAGGAUUCCCGGUUGAAUGACAAAGACGCUAAGAACAGUCUUUGCCCAAGACGGGUCUGGGACUUGACGGGGUGCCCAUGACCCCAGCGGUUGCUCCCCGUCAGCAAUGAAAGGGUUAUCAGGCAGCCGCAGCCAUCACCACGGGAUCACCUGUGAUUCCGCCUGUGACUCGUUGUCGCACCACUCGGACCGCAAGCCCUACCUGCUGAGCCCCGUGGAGCACCACCCUGCGGACCACCCGUACUACACGCAGCGGAACUCCUUCCAGGCGGAGUGCGUGGGACCCUUCAGCGACCCUCUGGCCAGCAGCACCUUCCCGCGCCGGCACUACACCUCGCAGCAGGAGCUCAAGGACGAGUGCGCCCUGGUGCCGCGCACGCUGGCCACCAAGGCGAAUCGCAUCCCCGCCAACCUGCUGGACCAGUUUGAAAGGCAGCUGCCCCUCAACAGGGAUGGCUACCACACGCUGCAGUACAAGCGCACCGCCGUGGAGCACCGCAGCGACAGCCCGGGUCGCAUCCGGCACCUGGUCCACUCGGUCCAGAAGCUCUUCACCAAGUCGCACUCCCUGGAAGGGCCAUCCAAGGGCAGCGUCAAUGGGGGCAAGGCCAGUCCUGAUGAGUCGCAGACGGUGAGGUAUGGCAAGCGCAGCAAGAGCAAGGAGCGGCGCACGGAGCCCAAGGCCCGAUCCAACGCCUCUCCCACCUCCCCGGGCUGGUGGAGCUCCGACGACAACCUGGACGGUGACAUGUGCAUCUACCACGCGCCCUCGGGCGUGAUGACCAUGGGCAGGUGCCCCGACCGCUCGGCCUCGCAGUACUUCAUGGAGGCCUACAACACCAUUAGCGAGCAGGCGGUGAAAGCCUCCAGGAGUAACAAUGACGUCAAGUGCUCCACUUGUGCCAACCUGCCCGUCAACCUGGACGCUCCACUGCUAAAGAAGAGCGCCUGGUCCUCCACUCUCACCGUGAGCCGAGCCCGGGAGGUUUACCAGAAAGCCUCGGUGAACAUGGACCAGGCCAUGGUGAAGUCCGAGUCGUGUCAACAAGAACGCUCCUGCCAGUACCUACAGGUUCCUCAAGAUGAAUGGACGGGGUACACCCCUCGAGGCAGGGACGAUGAAAUUCCAUGCCGAAGAAUGCGAAGUGGCAGCUAUAUCAAGGCCAUGGGGGAUGAAGACAGUGGGGACUCAGACACAAGUCCCAAGCCUUCUCCCAAAGUUGCUGCACGAAGAGAAAGCUAUCUCAAGGCGACCCAGCCAUCCCUCACAGAACUCACCACGCUCAAGAUAUCCAAUGAACAUUCGCCCAAACUCCAGAUUCGGAGUCACAGCUACCUGAGGGCAGUAAGUGAAGUCUCCAUCAACCGAAGCCUAGACAGCCUGGACCCUGCAGGCCUGCUCACAUCACCAAAGUUCCGCUCCCGGAAUGAGAGCUACAUGCGAGCCAUGAGCACCAUUAGCCAGGUGAGCGAGAUGGAGGUGAACGGGCAGUUCGAAUCCGUGUGCGAAUCCGUGUUCAGCGAGCUGGAGUCGCAGGCGGUGGAAGCGCUGGACCUGCCCAUGCCCGGCUGCUUCCGCAUGCGGAGCCACAGCUACGUGCGGGCCAUCGAGAAGGGCUGCUCCCAGGACGACGAGUGCGUGUCGCUGAGGUCGUCCUCCCCGCCGCGCACCACCACCACCGUGAGGACCAUCCAGAGCAGUACCGGUGUCAUAAAACUGAGUUCUGCAGUUGAAGUGUCAUCUUGCAUUACAACAUAUAAGAAGACACCACCUCCAGUCCCACCCAGAACUACCACGAAACCUUUCAUUUCUAUCACAGCCCAGAGUAGCACAGAGUCUGCGCAGGAUGCCUACAUGGACGGACAGGGCCAACGAGGAGACAUUAUCAGCCAGUCUGGACUCAGCAACUCCACCGAAAGCCUGGACAGUAUGAAGGCUCUGACAGCCGCCAUCGAGGCCGCCAACGCCCAGAUUCACGGCCCCGCCAGCCAGCACAUGGGCAAUAACACUGCCGCCGUCACCACCACCACCACCAUUGCCACAGUCACCACAGAGGACAGGAAGAAGGACUUUAAGAAAAACCGAUGCCUGUCUAUCGGGAUACAGGUGGAUGAUGCUGAAGAACCUGACAAAACAGGGGAGAAUAAAGCGCCCAGCAAGUUCCAGUCCGUGGGAGUGCAAGUCGAAGAAGAGAAGUGCUUCCGCAGGUUCACUCGAUCCAACAGCGUGACAACUGCGGUGCAGGCUGACCUGGACUUCCAUGAUAAUCUGGAAAAUUCUUUGGAAUCUAUAGAGGACAAUUCGUGUCCUGGCCCAAUGGCCAGACAGUUCUCCCGGGAUGCCAGCACCUCCACAGUCAGCAUUCAGGGCUCAGGAAACCACUACCACGCCUGUGCAGCCGACGAUGACUUUGACACGGAUUUUGACCCCUCUAUUCUGCCUCCGCCGGACCCCUGGAUUGACUCUAUCACUGAAGACCCUCUGGAGGCCGUGCAAAGGUCGGUGUGUCACCGGGAUGGCCACUGGUUUCUGAAGCUCCUCCAGGCAGAACGGGACCGCAUGGAAGGGUGGUGCCAACAGAUGGAGCGAGAAGAACGGGAAAACAACCUCCCGGAAGACAUUCUAGGGAAAAUCCGAACCGCAGUGGGCAGUGCCCAACUUCUCAUGGCUCAGAAAUUCUACCAGUUCAGAGAACUGUGUGAAGAAAACCUGAAUCCUAAUGCUCAUCCAAGGCCCACCUCCCAGGAUUUGGCGGGGUUUUGGGACAUGCUGCAGUUGUCCAUAGAAAAUAUUAGUAUGAAAUUUGAUGAACUUCAUCAGUUAAAGGCCAAUAAUUGGAAACAGAUGGAUCCUCUUGACAAGAAGGAGAGAAGGGCCCCUCCUCCAGUGCCAAAGAAGCCGGCGAAGGGCCCCGCGCCGCUGAUCCGGGAGCGCUCGCUGGAGAGCUCGCAGCGCCAGGAGGCCCGCAAGCGCCUGAUGGCCGCCAAGCGCGCCGCGUCCGUCCGCCAGAACUCGGCCACCGAGAGCGCCGAGAGCAUCGAGAUCUACAUCCCCGAGGCGCAGACCCGGCUCUGAGCGCCGCCGCCCAGUCUCUGUGCCCCCUCCACCUCCCCGCCCCGCAGCCGUCCCCCCGCCCCUCCGAGCCCGUCCGUUUCUGAGCUCAGUGACUUCCACUGUCGUGGUGUAGUGGUCCACCUCGCAGGAGCCGUUCCCCCGCCGUCCCGCUUCCCGGACCAGUUUGCCCAUCUUCACCGAGCUGCGCCCCUUAUCCCGAUGCCGGCACCCUGCCUCAUACAGAGAUCCAACCCUUUAUUUUCUGGGCCAAGCCAAACCCACCUGUGUAGAAACGACACCUUUAGGUCACCACCUACCAUCCUCAGUUUUCUCAAGCUAGUGUGUUCCUAGAGCUCAGCAAUAUAAAACCAUAGGGUAUUUCAGAAAUCCAGUAUCACAGGGUGAUCCUUUGGGACUUACCGUCUUCCACAUGAAAGAAACGAGGGCUCCGAUUCCCUUUAUUUCCCCUAAAUGGUUAUUCUUUUUAAAAGCAGAUGGAGCACUUUAUUUCCAACCUCAAAAAUCACACCAUCUCACCGGAAUCGAUGAGUGACAAAAGAGAGAAGGGACCAAGCUGGCCUGGGGGUGGGGGGACCUGGAUGUGUAGGAGAGAAGGGAGAAGCGAAAUCUGCAGGUGCCAGGGGCACCUGCACCUCUCACAGCUGCACAAACUGCCUCACUGUUAACUUCAUCAAUCACAGCUUCAAAUGUUUCAAUCAGCAGAAGAUUGUAAAUUUGAUCUUUCAGGGAAAUUAAUCUAUUCUGAAAGGCAAUAAAAUGAAGAAGGCAAGGCAAAGCAAAGGAAGCACUGAUGGUUUAAGAUACUGCAGGAGGGAUUUUUUUUUUUUUUUUUUGUCCUAUUAUUAAGAAAAAUUUAGGCCUGAAAUGUUUUAUCAACUUUUAUUGUACUAUGUAUAUUAUAUUGUCGUUGUGGUGGUGGUUUUUAAAGGGCAGAGUGUUGCUUUUAUUAAUUUAGUGUCCAUCCGGAUGGACCUGGCUAAUGACACACACAUAAGUAUACAUCUCCUUCUGAAGCACUGUAAAUGGCAGCAAAGCUGAUUUCAGAGAAAGGUUUGGGUUUUCCUAUCAUCCCUUUGAAUGCUACACACCCGUCUAGUUGAACCCACUAGUUCACAUUUCAGGUAUAUUUCUUUCUUUAGCCUCUUCUAAUAUUCAGAGUUCGCACGUUCCCCAGCAUAGGAUUUUGUCCUAUGUCAAAUGGGUAAAAUAAGUUUUCUACCCCAAUAGACAUGCUGCCUCAUUCCAAAGAGCUGUCAUUGUCAUCUUGAGGUUCCAGGUAGCGAGAGAUGAAAUCUGACCUAUAGGGGUCUAUAGCCAUGAGGAGGGGGAAAGGUCAUGAUUCAUUGUCACCGGAAGAAAUCCAGGCAUUGGGCAGAGUAUGUUGGUUUACAUUUUUAAUCAUGAUUGAUGGGCAGUAUGCAUUGGUGUCUAGUUGAAGUUUUUAAAUGCCCUUACUCGUAGCAGUUUAAACAUUCAGAAUGUGGCGAUCUUAAAGUAUCACUGGCAUUUUAUGUCCAGUUCACACCUUAAAGCAUUAGAAAUUUGCCAUUGAAAAAGAAAUGAAAGACUUUUUAAAAAAAUCAAAUACGCUUGCACCAGAGAAGCUUUUAAAACAAAAAUACACUCUCAUAGCCAGGUGCUAAUUUAAUUUUAUUUAUGAAUUUAAGAGAGGUGAUGGGUUCUGGCAACAAAGACUUUCACAGACAUAUUCUAAAACCACUAGAGAAUUCGCUACCUCUCAGAGCCAUUGAUGCUUUGAGCUAUCUUUAUCCACAGGGCACAAAUGUUUACUGCUGUGGUUUACAAGAAAAGGGCUACUAACUUAUUUAAAAACCAACCAACCAACCAACCAACUUUUAACUAGGGUGAACAAAGCACUUUUCUCGAAGUGCUUUGUAAAAUGGGGGGAAACUGAUUUUGAGCUUCAAGUGUUUGCUAGUUUCAAAAGAACACACCUUUCUUACCUUGUAGCAGCAAUGAAAGGUCACAUAAAGUUUGCCUCGAGGAAGGCCAACUGUCACCUUGGGUCACCUAUGGUCACAGUCACUACUGAGAAUGACUUGGAACUCAGCAGAGUAACACAAAGGAAGCAGCAUCCAUUCCCCAACCGUGUUCACGCCCACAGCUCUGUGCCCUGAGGCAGAGUUAAGAUCUGGAUUAAGAAAUCGAUUUCUAACGUGAUUCAAGACCAUCCUACAAUAUUUUCUUUGGAAACUGAUUUAGUCCAGGAUAUUUUAAAGAGAGACAAGAUAAGGCCUAUCUGUCUUGUCUAAGCGAAUGGUAUUUGUAUAUUCAUAAGCUAUUUUUGGUAAGAAUUUUAAAUCUUUUAGCUGACUGCCUACAGGGCAUCAUGACCUUUGCCUUCCUUAA